UUGCGCGCGCGGCUGUGAUGACUUCCUGUGCCAAGCACGCGUCUGAGCCCCGCUUGAUAAAAAGCUGACGUUCGCUUCUCACUUUCUUUCUUGCUUGUGAGGAGUUCUGCCGGUAAGCCAAUUUUAGUUUCCUACAAAGUCCUAUUUGCCGCAUCACGCGUUCAACUCAAACACGUCGGAGAGGCCGCGCCGGACGCGGUGGCGAGGGGAGCGUCGGCGAGCUGCUGCCGUUCAGCGUUGUUGAGCAUAAAGUAGAAAGCACUGCAAAAAAGCUCACUGCACUGUGUAGUGUUUCCUACUUUAUGGACGACUACGCUGUUAGCGACGCGGGAAAACCACCAGCAACCAACGUCAAUUCACAUUCAUAUGGUAAAUAUAUUCUCCGUCAAUUGUUUGUGUAAACUGCUGCACUGGAAUAAAAAAUUAAGAAUAAAUCAAAAAGCUUUCCCAAGAAAUGCUAAACGUGUCCCUGGGACCCUUAAAGAGCACUGCAGGAAUACUAAAAGCAGAAAAAUGUCAAAUCCUGAUUAGCUGACACAACCAAAUCCUGAUUUUAUUAUCAUUUAUAUUAUAAAUAUUACAUCAAAUAUAGCUCUCAAAAACGGCUACAUUUCAAUGCCAAGAUUGCAACAACACCAACAAAAGUUCAAUGUCUAUUUUUAACCAUAGUGAUGAAUUUAAAAUAAAAUUGAAAAACACAUUUUUAUGAAAAUCUAAUAUUGCACAAAAUUGACUUGCUUUGUUUUGCUGCAUACUUGUUUUGCAUUAAUAACGUAACUGCAAUUUCAUUUUUGAUUUUUAUAAAUAUUUCAUAAAAUGCUGUACAAACUCUGGUCUAUUUAAAUUCAAAUUUUAAAUAAAAACAAGGUAAACAUAGAUGCUAAAGAGUGUGUGCCAAAUAAAUACAGUACAUACAUAUUGUUGUUGUUAAUAAGCAUGACUUUGUGAUGUGUAUUUUGUUGUACAUAAAAGUGCAUCUGAAAUAAUAAUCAUGAAAACAAAUCAAAUAUGUGGACAACAUGUAUUUUUUUGUUUUACUUCUCAGAAGCUGCAAUGUUGAAACAAACAAAAAAAGCAUGUUUAAAAAAAAACACACAAAUUGACCAUAUAUUUCAUAUAUCCUUUCAUUUUUUUAUUGCAUUCUGAAGUGAAUUUUUGGAAAUAUUUACUGUAAAUAAUCCUGAGUUUAGCACAGCAAUUCUAUGUUGGUAUAUACUGUAUGUACAGUAUAUACAGUAUUAAAGACAAUCACAAUAUAUUUUAUUCAGUAUAUCGUUUAGAAAAUGUAUUGCAAAGUAUAAAAAGAGGCCAAAAUAGAAAAUGUAUAAAUAUGGAAAAAGGACCUCCCAAAAAAUCCUUAAGACUCAUACAUUAUCCUUUGCAACCGGGUAUUUUGUUUAUAUUACACGUUACAUGACGUAUGUACAGCAGUGACAAAAAAUGAAAAGAGCAAAAAGCCGCUAAUCCCACGGUAGCGGCUCCAGAAAGUUGGACGGCACCAAACCUCGGCGUCCUUGCAGAUCGCCCUGAAAAGAAAGAAAGUUUGACAGCCCCCCGCCCCAAAAAAAAAUCGAAUAAAAAAAAUAAAUAAUAAAAAAAAAAAAAGGGUAAAUGACGAGCCUUACGUAGUAGAACCCGUCGGGAUCCAUGUCGCCGAGCGCGUAGAUGAUGUCGCCCGAACGAAAGCCCAGUUCGGCCUGUGGUCCAGAUAAUCAAAAAGAACACUUUUCAACACGACGUCGCACGGAGUCCCAGGUGGAAGAAGAUAUGGACAGGUAUGGAUAAAAAAAAAAAAAAGGCUAUUGUGUUGUUCGGUGUCGUCGUUGCGUGCCGUUACUUACUUCGCUGUCGACGUUGGGCGAACUUUCCCAGGGGUCGUAGUCGAACAAGGCCACCAUGCGGCGUACGAUGACGUCUUCGGGUACGCUGGACGUGUCGCUCACGUCGGGACUCAAAGAUAUCCCUGCAAAGAAAACGUUUGAUCGGCAACUGACAGUUACUCUCCAGUCCCGUCGGGGGCGCUAUCAGAAAUGAGGGUAAAGUGACACACGUGCUGGAUCUAGCGGGUCGCUGCUGCCGUUUGGCCCCGAUGCGAGCAGACUGUAACCGCGAAAAGCGAAAGAACGCAGCCCAAAAUUUAAAAAAAAUCCAAUCAGAAUAAAAAAAAUCGUUUUGCGCUACCGGGUAACAAAGGUGCCAAGCGAAGAACCAUGUAUGAAAUUGAUCAACAAACAAACUUUCUAGCUAGCGAGCUAACUCACGUUCCAAGUCAACUAACAAAAAAUGUGCGAACCAACUAAUAAACUAAGAAAUGUGAACGGACAAGCAAAAGGACGAGAGAAAGGAACACCUGAUUGGUCAACGGGAAUGAAUCCCUGCUGCAUGAGCAAUUGUUUGAGGUUUCGGUCGUCCACGGGGACUUCGGCCACCAGGUUGCUGGCCACGAAACCCGACAGGCCGCCCGAUUCUCCGUGAUAGAAGCCGUCCGGGUCCUUGUCUCCAAACACCUGACGGGUCAGAUACAAGAGAGCCGAGUUACAAAUGGACCGAUCACGGCGCGGCCUGAUAUUUUUUGACGCGUAUCGGUAUCGGCCUUUUUUUUUUUUUUUUUUUUUAAAUCCGACAGCCGAUAAGAGAUCAAUUUAAAACAGGGUAAAUUCCAAGGAACUAUUUAUUUAUUUACAAUGCACUUUUUGUUCACAUUUGAAAACAAAGAUCUCUAUUGGCUCAGACACCGGUGUCCAACUCGAGGCCCGGGGCUCAGAUGUGGCCCACCACAUUUAAAUCCACACUUGAAUGUAUGAAAAUCGGUUCUGCCUUUCUAUGUGGGGCCGAGAGGGCUUGGUUCUUGUAUACAUCUCGCUGUUUCAAUUGUCUGUUGUUCCUCUCUGUAACGCAAUUUGUUGCAAUCCGACAUAUGAAAAGUGAUCUCUCCAUGUGAUGAUGAUCAUCGGUGUUGGCCCUGAAAAUGUCGAUCUCCAAUUCGAGUUUGCGACUGAGACCGCGAAACGCAUUCGACCGCAGAGUCGAGGUUCGUCUGACCUUGAUGAUCUGCCCGGGCACGAAGGGCAGCUCCUCGGCCGCCGUGUCCGGGUUGGGCGACAUGGCGGCCGGGUUGUACGGGUAGAGCGCCACGAAGAGUCUGGGCUCGGCGGUCGCCGUCUCCGCCUCCCACUGGCGCGGGUCCUCGGGGGUGGCCGCCCGCACCUCGUCCGUGUAGAUCAGCACGUCCAGCUCCAUUGCGGACUCCGUUCAGAGCUGCUGCUCAGGGCUCCGGAAUCUGGACUCCAGAUGGUCCACCUGCACUCGCCCUCGUCCUCAUCCUCAUUUUAGGUAACUAAGCUAAGCGGCAACUACGCUAAUCCUCUUUGGUGACCUCCAACUGGACUCAGUGCACAUUCAACAACACUCUUGACUUUGACUUCACUGUAAUAAACACAACAAGAGUUGUCCUUUGGGGUAGGGGAGAAAUUGCAUAGGAUGAUGCACGGAGUGCAGUAUACAAGAGUGGUCUUGUUUUUAUAAAGGGGAGAAAGUAUUUAAGACGAUGCACGAAAUGCAGUAUUAACACUACAUUUAAGGCUGAUUUCAUCUCCAAUUGUUUACCAGAUAACACCGAGACUUCAUUUUGGAUGUCGGAAGGACAAAAUCCUCGGUCGCGGAUUGCGUCACACUGCAAGAAGUUUUGUCGUUCCCCAGAAAUCGGCCGCGAUAGCGAAUCGGGCCAAUAUCGGCGCUGAAGAAGAUGCAUGAAAUGAGGUUCGCAGCUGAUUUUACAAACAGUUGUUUGUCUCGCGCUGACAAACACACACUUGUUCACUUGGAAACAGAGCGUUUACGAGCACAACUUUGGCGACGGGCCAAGGGCGCGCAUCCGUCCGCGGCGUGUGUGUUCUCGGCCCCGUGACGACUUGACCCACUUAGCAAAGACAACACUUCCUCUUUUGACCUUUUGAAGGCGAGCUCAGCGCCUAAUAAUCCACUGCGUGUGUGUGUGCGCGUGUGCGUGCACGACAGUGUUGUUAGUUGCUGUUUGGCCUCAGAAUGAAGUUAUUAUAAUUAUCAUCAAAAAUACAUUAUUGGAUGCGUUGCAUAUUGUCAUAGAUACACACAUUUAUUUCACUUUCAGGUGAAGCUUGUUUUGUCUUGAAAUAUCCCUCCAUCCAUUUUCUGAGCGGUUUCUGAUUAUUAUUGAGGAGAACGUGAAACGUUAAAAAAAAAACAUAUUCCAUGUGCAUUCCCCAAAUUGGCCACUGGAUGGCAACAUUUAUUUCUUAUGUGGUUCGACCGCGCGACUCCAUUUCUUUCUUUCUUUCUUUCUUUCUUUCUUUCUGUAUCUAUGUAUAUAUCUAUCUAGCUAGCUAUCUAAUCUUCUGCUUCAUUACCCACAAUGCCACGCUGCCGCUACUGUAUCUUUGACGAAGUUCAGACGUUGAACUCCAUUACCCACAAUGCCUUGAGCCCGGCGGCUACUACUAUUACAUCAUUGGCAGACACCCACUUCUCUGCUGCUGAGGGAUGACGCAACCGAGGGGGAGAGAGAGAGAGAGAGAGAGAGAGACGAGCAUCGCAGUUGCAGCGUUCACUUGUCGUCGGAUUUUCACCGCAUUGCGAAUUGAACUGAAAAAAAAAGACAAAAAAAACCAAUCGAAAUCUUGUCAAAGAAACUAGUAAUAAUAAUUUAAAAAAAAAUCCCCAGGCGAGCGGCGCCGCGCCUCGACAGCCCCCUCCCUUGCCCAAAAGCAGCAGCACGUAACGAAAUUAAGAAAAGCAGUGGGUGCAAGUGUCCAUUCGCCCGAAGAUGGUCGACCGCGAGCAGCUGGUGCAGAAAGCCAGGCUGGCCGAGCAGGCUGAGAGGUAUGACGACAUGGCGGCCGCCAUGAAAUCGGUAACGGAGCUGAACGAGGCUCUGUCCAACGAGGAACGCAACCUGCUGUCGGUGGCCUACAAGAACGUGGUGGGCGCCCGGCGCUCGUCGUGGCGCGUCAUCUCCAGCAUCGAGCAGAAGACGUCAGCCGACGGCAACGAGAAGAAGAUCGAGAUGGUGCGCGCCUACCGCGAAAAGAUCGAGAAGGAGCUGGAAGCCGUGUGUCAGGACGUCCUCAACCUGCUGGACCACUUCCUGAUCAAGAACUGUGGCGAUACGCAGCAUGAGAGCAAAGUGUUCUACCUGAAGAUGAAGGGCGACUACUACCGCUACCUGGCCGAGGUGGCCACGGGCGAGAAGCGCGCCGCCGUGGUGGAGUCGUCAGAGAAGGCCUACAACGAGGCGCACGAGAUCAGCAAGGAGCACAUGCAGCCCACCCACCCCAUCCGGCUGGGCCUGGCUCUCAACUACUCCGUCUUCUACUACGAGAUCCAGAACGCGCCAGAGCAGGCGUGCCACCUGGCCAAGACGGCCUUCGACGACGCCAUCGCCGAGCUGGACACCCUCAACGAGGACUCGUACAAAGACUCCACGCUCAUCAUGCAGCUGCUGCGCGACAACUUGACUCUGUGGACGAGCGACCAGCAGGACGACGAGGGCGGGGAGGGCAACAACUAAAAGCCCACGAGAAGAAAAGGCGAAGACGACAAAAAAGGAUCGUGGCAGGAAAAAAAAAAGGCCGGUGGACUUUGGCAGCCGCUUUUUGCCGACCCCACUCGCGCAGCAGCCGUUGUUUAUUUUUCCACGUGUUUCCAGAAAAGAACAGAGAGGUGAGCGCUAGUUUAAAUAGACCUUUUCACCAUGACGUACUUCCGGGUGUUAAAAGCUUAAGCAUGUAAACAAACCCCUCUACAUGUCAUUUGAUCAAGGCAGAGCCAUUGAGAAAACGGGAUUGAUCGAUUGACUUUAGCCUUCUUUCUGAAUGUGUCAGUCGAAAAGGACAUGUUUUGUGAGGCUGUGAGGCUCGGACGGAGACAGAACAGCGCCUGUAAUUUCACAUUUCGACAAGUAAAUUGAUUCAAAAAUAGACGGAACGGAAAUUCAGACAUCGCUGAGGGACUGGCUAAUUCACUUUUCUGGUCCUCGGAUUAAUGGCACAGAUGAUCUCUUUUGAUGCUGAAAUUGUUAUAUCGUCGGCUACUAGCGGGCUAGCCAUUGUUUUGCGAAAUUACCUUCAGACAACCCAACCAAAUAUUUCAUACAUACCUGUGAGAAAAUGUCUUCUCAAUGAUGGAGGUUUGGCUCCCAGUCCGCCCCUUAACAAUUGGCUACUGCACCUCUAUCUAGGCAGUCUUGCGAUCAUUCUUGUACAACUUUUUAUGACAUUCACUUGAUUUAUCCUCGUCACCAACAAGUUGUGCCGGAUAGAUUUUGAUUUUUACAAAGGAAAUGAUAAAACCCAGAAACCUUUAAGGGCAUAUCUGGUGGUGCAGUUUUUGUCGUCGUUUUCAGUUCAGGUCAGCGAUAGUCACUUGCUUUCUGCCACCCGGAAGUAUUCUGGUGCCUAUUGUUUACAAACAUUAUGAAAAGGUCUAUAUAUAUAUAUAUAUAUAUAUAUAUUACGUAUAUAGAGAAGGAGAAACAAUUAUUUGCGGUCGAAAGGGCCUCCACCUUGUUGAUUUCCUUUGCCAAACCACAACACUUAUCAGCCAAUCUGUGCUCGUCGUCGAGUAGAAACGGCGACGUUACACUCAGAAUUGGUCUGUCCAGACAUGCUGCUUACAUUUUAUGUUUUGUUAUUCUAUGUAUUGCUUGUGCAUCAUGACACUGCUAUGCUCCACUAAAUAGCCCAUGGAAAGUAACGAAAUUGGGCCCAAAUUUGCAACAACAAAAAAAGUCCUUGUUCCAGGACAUAGUCCCAACCCAGAAAGUGUGACAAACGAAGUGUGUGUCAGUUCCAUUUGAGGAAUUAUAAUGUGUAACAAAUAAAAAGAAAAAUAAUUAAAUAAAAUAAUAAUUCAUAUGCAUCACAACAGUGGUCACUUCCAAGGAGUAUUCCAAACCCAGGAAAAGUGAAAAAUACAUAAAUAAAUCAUACACAGGAUAUCUCGGGGUAGUAGUCACAACCCGGAUGUGUGGAAAAACAGUUCAUUAAUUUGCCUCACAAGACUGUCAAGUUCCAAGAAAUAGUCUAAACACAUGAAGAGUUACAAACCUCAUCUAGUGAAAAAUAAUAAAUAAAUCAUAUACCUGUCCGCUCCAAGUAAUCACGACUCGGAUGUGUGACAAACCUCGUGCUAGGACACCGGUCUAUUCCAGGAAAUAAUCGUGGCCCAAGAAAUGGCUAAACAUCAAUUUGCUUCCAGACCCUGGCCAAUUCCAGGAAGUAGUUGUAGCCUGAAAAAGUAAAUAGUCAACCAAUGAAUUAGCCCAAAUUUGCCCAAAGUAUUGCAUUAAAAAAAUAAAAAUAAAACCUCCUAAAAAUAGCACAUGCUAGUCCGCUUUGUUUUCCAUUAAUUCUUUUCGCAGCAAAAGUGAAAAAAAAAAAAAAGAAAAGUAAUAACAAGGCAGCUUUGUGGUUUAUUUUAUUAAAUGCACUCGCCUACUACAACUACUACUACUAUUACUAGUACUACUACUACUACUAAACUGUUUCUUCAGUGUACAAUGAUGAUGAUGACAGAAUAAUUAUAAUGAUAAUAUUCAAUAUUGUGCAUGCUGGUGAUGUAAUUAUAUACAGUAGCUUGACUUGAUUCACUUACUGUAUAUUGUGGGUGUUAAGUAUUCAUGACUGAAAAAAGCAGCCUUCUGUCUACUUUAUUAGUUUUUUUUUAACAAUUAUUUUCUCUACUGUUAAAAAAAACACAGUUGUACUGGCUGUUGCUUUAGUGACAUGCAAUAUGUGUAUUUAAUUUGUUUUAAAAAAGGCAAAAAAAGCGAAAAAAGGAUGCUUGAACCUCACCAUUGGUCACUCUCGAUGUCGCCACCUGGUGUUUGUCACAUGGGGAAAAAAAAGACACACAGUAGUAUUUAAUACUUUUUAUUAUUUAUGGAUUAUUUCUGCGUUUUGACAAAUGUGUUUGGACCACAUUGGAAUGGAUUUUCUUUUUUUUUAAUAUACCUUCUUUCUCUCUCUCCCGCUGUUUUCCUGAGUGACAACGACAAAAAAAAUAUCUUGAAUGUGAGUCAUGAUGUAGCAGUUGCACAAGAAACAAAAAUAUUAGCUAUGAUGAUCAUAAGAGUAAUAAUAAAAAACGAUGAUGGCUGAAUGAUCAAAGCACCA